AAUCCAGGGAUACUAAUCCGUCUCUAUAGUAUUUUCCUCUCCUUACAUGUCUACUUCCAUAUUAGUUCUUGUGCGGUAGAGUUUCUUCCUCACACAAACCCUAGUUUUGUUUUUUAAAGCUGCGUUUUUAACCGCCACCGUCCAGCCGAAGGCCGGAGGAUUUAAUCAUGGUGAGAACGAAGGUGGAAAUCAAGAGAAUAGAGGACAAGGCGAAGAGGCACACUACCUUCACCAAGCGCCGCCAAGGCCUGUUCAAAAAAGCCAGCGAGCUCUGCAAGCGCUGCAACGCGGAGGCCGCCGUGAUAACUUUCUCGUUAGCCGGCAAUGCAUUCGCCUUCGGACAUCCUUCCGUGAAUGCUGUAUUGGCUCGCCACAAUAGCUACGACGCUAAUGGUCAGCCGUGCAAUGAUCGGGGUAGUGUUGAUGACGAUGACGCAGAGAGCGAUGCUCAGAAGGUUCCAGAAGAUGGUGGUGUGGUGGUGGUGGCGAGUAAUGAAGAUUUAAAUGAUGAAGAUGAUGAUAUGAAGGUGGAAGAGAUGAGUAUGGAAGAACUGGAGAAGCUCGAUUCAGCUAUGGAAGAGAUGAAAAGAAAAGUGAUUGCUCAAAUGAAAUUGUUAGUCUAACCGGUUGAUAGAUUGAAAUUUGACUCAAUUUAUGAUUGUUAAUUUAAUCAGAAUCUAAAUUUUAUACAGAUUUUUAAGAACAUUUGUAAUUUAAUUAUAUAUAUAUCAGUACACAGGUCCUGAACAUUUGACA